AUGGUGCAUUUCAACACUGCUGUCGUCCCAUCUGCUCUUGCUGGUGGUAACGACGGAAACUCUGGCACUUCCAAGAACGCCUGCGGGAAAAAUGGCUACCUCUGGCCUAUCGCUGGCUCAACUGGAGAGAAGAUGAUCACCCUCAAGGACGGCGAAACUUACUCCGAGAAAUACCGUACCAACAGCAAUGGGGGUGGCAUCUCCAUCAAGAUGGCUACCGACAAGAACCACAAAGAUAGCUCGCAGUUCGAAUACACUCUUAAGGAUCUUCAAAUCUUCUACGAUCUAUCCAACAUCGAUGGCUAUUCAUGA